AUGUUCGUGACGCCUCUGGGUUAUGCCGCAGCAAGCGGUCAAUUGAGCGUUGUCUACACGCUCCUGGAGCUCGGCGAAGAUGUCGAUAGCCAACACAGAGAUGGUGGCUCUACUGCUCUAUUCCUCGCCUUGUAUGGCGGGCAUGAGUCAUUGGCCACGCUCCUGUUGGAGAAAGGGGCAUCCACGGAACUUGCCUUCGGCUACCACCCGCUCCACGCCGCUGCCAGAAAUGGUUUCAAUGGCAUUAUCGCCGAUCUAAUCACCACACACGGGGUGGAUCCAAACAUUCCAGAUUGCGACGGAGCGGUUCCUGCUGUUUAUGCACUUCUCCAAGAGCAAGACAAAGCUCUGGCUACGCUCCUACAACUCAAGAGCCACGGAGCAUCAUUGGACAUGACUCUUGACGGGACUGAACGCCCUCUGACUCUGGACAACGUUGCUGUCGCUCUUGGAAAGAUGGAAGUGUUGUGCAAGGCUAGACAGGCCAAGGACACUGGUGUUGAAAGCAGUUUGGCGGGUUCGGGAUGCGAUUAG